GAGCUUCCGUACACCGGAAGCAGCGUGUUAGCGGUUUGCUGUUGCUGUGAAACUGAAGGGCAGCGGGUUUGUCUCCUGCAACCCUCUCACUUUUAACUGCUUGGAUUUAGUUUUUUCAAGCAGCCGUUCAUUUAUCUCCCCGCCGCAAAUCUGAUCUGAGUUGUGUGUGUUUGUGUGUGUCGGUCUCCUCUCAGAUGCCUCCCAAACCUCUGGAGCCGCUGGCUAAGAAGCUCAUGAAGGGCGUGAUCGUUGUGGAGCUGCUGGGCGUCCUCGGGGCCUACGGUCUGUUCCACAUGAUGAACAACAGCCGAGAUUUCAGGAACACCGUGAACAGGAGGUUCCCAUCCGUCCUGGAAGUUUACUACAAGUCCAACGAGUGGGCGGGGAUCUACGGCAUCCGCGAGAGAGACCAGGAGGCCUGGUCGGCCAAACGGGACUGAAGGCUCCAUCAUCAUCAUCAUCAUCUACUUCCUCCUCUUCUUGCUCCCUAACGUCCUGCUUCCUGUCUUGGCUCCGCUGAACAUCUUCUUCUUGCUGAACAUGGUCUUCUUCCUGCGCAGCGUCUUGGCGUCGCGGCCGUGGAUCCAGUCGUCGCGCUGAGCCUCCCACUUCAGCUGUUUCAAACCUGCACGCAGGAAGUGUCGGAAACAGAGACGACAUCACUUCCUGCACAGAGACUCAUUCAUCUGAUCUGGUUUAUUUAUACAGUGAAGCUGAUGUGAUUUUUCUCUCUGUGGAGAAGUUAUUAAAUGUGGCUGGUAUCCAGCAGUCCAGAAUAACU